AUGGCUGCAGCAGCUACUGCGCCAGCCACAUCCUGUCAGAGGGCGCUGAGAGAGCACAGAGUGAGCCUGGUGGACCAGCUGGAGGAGCACAUCAGCUCUCUCGUGGAGCAGCUGGUCCUCGAGGAGAUCUUCACCAGAGAUGACCGCGAGGACAUACUCUGCGAGCGGGGACCCCGCGCCAGAGUCAGGAAAGCUCUGGACAUCCUGGAGUUUAAGGGAGAAGAGGCGGCCUGUACAUUCUUCUCCCUGUCGAACCGUCUUCAGGAUCCACCUGGCCAACCCACAAACCGAGCACAGGCCACUGACUACCAAAGAAUGAUUCAAAAGCACAGACAGAUUCUCAAGCGAAGGAGUCAAAGCAUGCUGUACUAUAACACUCGCCAUGGAGAGAAACUCCUCUUCUCUGAACACUACGUCAAUCUCUUGCUUGUGAAGGGACAUCAAAGCCUUGAAUUAAAAAGGCAUGAGAUUCUGGCUUUUGGACAGCAGCGAAUUUCUUUACAGCACAAAGCAGUGGAGCAGAGAAUGAUCAAACCGUCCAAGCUGUUUUCAGAUGCAACAGGUGGUCAACUCGCCAAAAAAAUCUUGGUGACAGGUGUGGCUGGCAUUGGUAAAACAGUCUUGGUCCAGAAAAUCUUGUCUGACUUCGGGAACAACCAAGGCUAUUUCUCCUUCGACUUUGUGAUCCAUCUGACCUUCAGGGACUUGAAUUUGAUUAGCAAGCCUAUCAGCCUCAGAGAGUUAGUUCUACGCAAGAACGGGCACUUGGCCAAGGAACUGGAUAACAUCUUUGCCAAUGAUGACAAGCUACUGAUUGUGCUGGAUGGGUUUGAUGAGUUUAAACACUACAGGGAGUGUGACAUUGAGGAGUUUGUGACAGAGGAGGAUCAGGAGGGACAGGUGGUGGAGGUCUUUGCCAGUCUAAUGCAGGGGGAGCUCCUUCCAGGAGCCUCUGUCCUGCUCACCAGCAGACCCACAGCCAUCAGUUACAUUCCCGUUGGCUGCAUUGACUGCUUCGUGAUUAUCACUGGCUUUUCUGCUGCUGAAAUCGGGGAUUUCUUCCUCAAGUACUUCCAGGAGGAGAGCCUGGCUGCGAGGAUGUUCGAGGUGGUCAAAGGCAAUGACCUGAUGUUCACCUUGUGUUACAUCCCAGCUUUCUGCUAUAUUGUGUGCAGCAUUCUGAGGGACAGUGGUGGCUUCUCCAGCAAGAGCCCCAGGACCAUGACAGACAUUUACACACAGUACCUGGUGGCCUUACUAAGGUCUCACACUCAAAGCAGGGUGGGGUCACCUCACGCCUCCAGCGCUGUGGAGAGCCUGGAACAGCUGUCAGAGACUGUACUGAAUUUGGGGAGACUGGCCUACCUGAAGCUGCUGGCCCAUGAAACUCUCUUUUAUGGAAGCACUGCUGAGGUGCAGCAGCUGGCUAACUGCAAUCUGGUCAGCACCUUCCUGGACAAGACGUCAGCUCAGGAGCCAGGCUGCACAGAGGACGUGUACUCCUUCACGCACUUCACCGUCCAGGAGUUCUUCGCAGCCCUCUACUAUGUUCUGGAGGAUCAGCCUUCACCAGACGUUCUGGAGCCUGGAGCUGUCCACGAGCGAGACACAAGCGUAGGGUAUCUGGACCUGUUCAGAAGGUUUAUUUCUGGGCUCCUUUCUGAACGGAACCAGCAGCUUCUCUCCCGGCAUGUGCUGCUGGGAAAAAGCUGCAAAGUGCAGUCCUACCUGCCAAGGCUCCUAAGAGAAAUUCAGAGCUUGUGCGAAAAUGGAGCCUUCAUUUUGAACCACCUGCACUGUUUCUUUGAACAGCAAGAUGGCUCCCUGGCCCAAGAGCUCCGGCCAGAGGUACUGCGCAUUAACGUCAGUGAUGAUACCCUCUCCCCCAUGGACUAUGGAGUGAUUACAUAUUUUCUAAACCUUGUGGAUGGGAAGAUCUCAGAGCUGGAUCUGACUGGGACUAACCUGAGUGCGACGUCUCUGAGGGAUCUAAAGCCCUAUCUGCUCAGGUGUGAGAGACUCUGGCUCGGUGAAAACACUCUUGACCUUGAGGCAGUGCAAGUUCUUGCUGAAGUACUGCAGUCCACGUCUAAUAUGUUGCAUCUAGGUCUAGGCUGGACUAACAUCGGUGAUGACGAGCUUCUGGUUCUAGCUGAAGCCAUAAAAACAAAUCAGAUGCUAGAGGAACUAUGGCUAGAGGGAAACAACCUUACCUUCAAAGGCCUGUCUGCAUUAACUGACCAGACUCCUUUUUCUCUACAUAAAGUAGUUGCCAUCUGGAAUGAGGUGAGUGAAGAGGAGGCAGAAACUCUCAACAGUAUCUGUCACAGAGAGUGCUUCGUUGCUGGCUUCACAAAUGACAGCAUGUGGGCAGAGUGGGGGGACUGGGUCCUCCAAAGGUGUAAGGUCAGCAAUGAUGAGAAGCUGCUGACUGUUCUCUGCAAGGUCUGUAACAUUUCCAUUCACAGCAUGGAAAUUUGCUGGGUACAGACAUUUUACAAGAAGCUAACACAACUGAUCAGGACCAGGAUUGACACAUGCAGUGAAGAUGACAUACGACGAAAACUGGAGAAGUUUCAGAAAAUGUUGUCCUAG